AUGCCUCCUACGCAACUCAUCCCUGGCUCCCAAAAGCUCACUAGAUGCUCGAACCACUGUACCGAUGAGGAAGCCAAGUCACUCCGCGACCUGAUACCAGAAUACCUCCGACAUGGUAAGACCAUGGAGAUUCUUAGCGACGUCAUAGACCGAGUGGAGCGCCUGUAUCAGAAAGAGGUGGAGACAGCAAAGAAGUAUGACCGCGAUCCCCGCUCUCCGGGUCUUGUUGCAGAAGCGCUGGGCGAGUAUCUGGAUGGGGAUGCGGUCAUGGCUGUCCUAAGUAGGGGAGAAGAUGUGAUGGUGGUUCAGCGGCGAGUCGACUGGGCUAAAUGGGUUGCAUCGGCGGCCAAGAUCAAGUUGUUUCAUGAGCCAAACGAAGUGUGUGGAUCUAUGGGUCAUCAAGUUCGGGCUGCUAUGGAGAGAAUCGAUGGGCGCUCUUGA